AUGGUGGCUCGCCUGCUCGAGUGGUUGUGUCUGUCUUCACUUUUCAAGGGCCGGCUGAAGUUGGAUGUGAAGGUGCUGGGCCGAUUCCCCGUCACCACCAGGCAGAAAUUCUGGCGACCUGACCACCAUCCGUUUCACACACCCUUGAACCGCGCAUUUCAGGCACGAUCACCAACAACAACGAGUUCAGUGCCAGCGAGCUUUUUAGCAAAGCAGUACCCCAAGAACAUGUCAUCAGGCAAUCUGUGGGACAGGGGCGCGUGGGUGCACCGCCCGGGUGUUGGCUUGCGGCAUUACACCGCGGAUGAGGUCGAGGCCUACAUAGGACUCCUCAUCCUGGCUCACGGCCAUACCAAUGCCACAGAAGCCUCCGACAACUUGGACCGUCCAGUCUCCUCCUUCCAAGCCACCAAGUCUAGGGCAGACAAGUUCCCUUUCGCGCAAUCAGGUCCGAGCCAGGGCAGAUCGACCAAUGUCCUUGACGCCCUGCAGCGCCAUGCACCGCCACCACCUGCAUAUCGUGCUCCUCAACAAGCGAGAGCAGGAAUAAGACAAAUUUUGGUGGGUGGUGGAAGCGACAUAAGAGGGAGAGUUGCCGCAUUGCCUAGAUUGGUUAAGCAGUCCGCAGGAGCGGCGCAGAAGACAGGCCAGCAAUACACAACCGACAGGAGCACACAAACACGAACAGAAACACGACUACCGGCAGCGUCGUCGACACUCGCACACAUAGGAAAGGAGACAGGUGGAAGACACGGAAUUGGAGGGGAGGUGGAGGAAGACAAGGAUGCCGAAGUAUCAAGCAUGGCAGGGGAGGAGUGA